AAAACAAGGCUAUAAAAACUUAGAUCUGUGCGCAUAUUUCAAAAUUGGAGAAUUACAAAAUGUCUUCAAGUACAGCGAAUAUUUCUCGUCUUGCGCGGGCAGAAAUACCGUAUUUAAAGAACUACAACGCUUAUAUAGGUGGGAAAUGGAAAUCUGCUGCGAGUAAUACAACAUUUCCCGUGUUUAAUCCUGCGAACGGCGAGAAAUUGGCCGAUGUUUCAAACUCGGGUCAAGCUGAUGUUAAAGAAGCGGUGUUGGAAGCUGCACAAGCAUUUCAAAGCUGGAAACUGAGGACUGCAAAGGUAUUUGUUUGUUAUUAUUGCCAAAGUAUACACUUUUUAAUGCAAUAUAUGUCAUGAAAAAACAAUUCUUAUGAAGCAUGAAGCUAUUACAAAACAAUGGAAUGUACCCCCCACCCCCCUGGCACACCCUUUCCAAUUUGUAACUUUGUAAUCAAUUUCUUCAGAUGUAGCAUAUAUAGUGUGUCUUUUACUUCAGUGACUAGAGUUUGGUUCAAUCCUGCAGUAGUCGUCUGAUUAUAAUAAUUUGCCUCAACAUGUGAGUGAAGUGUUUUGGGUUUUGUGGCUUUUGCCCAUAUCAAAUACUGUCAAGAUUCCAGAGUUAGAGUAACCUGAACAUUCCUCGGAGGGAAGUUUUAGCACCCUUGGGAGUGUUUCAUAUAAACAAUUUUAAGACGCUAUUAAACUUGCCCCCAAAUCUCAAAAUUUCAGUGCUUUUACAUGAUACCAGCUAUUUGGUUUUUAAAUGAAUGUUAAUGUGCCCUUGGAUACUGUUUUGCACCCCUGGUCCUAAAUUUGUAGCUUUUGCAUCCAUGAGAUCUCAUUAAAAACUGUCCAACUCUGCAGUCUUGAACACUGGAAGUUUUCUGAACUAGAAACACUGCAACAUGGCCAAUAAUAACCAGACCCAUUCCAAUUUCUUAAAAUAAAUUUCUAACGACCCUACUAUAACAGCCAAUGGGCUGAGGAAAUAUACCCUACUAGCAGUGGAGGAGAAAUAAAAUUGUCUGCCAAGCAGAAUAAAUGCAGAUAUUUGCCCCUGACAUUUGCUGUAUGAAAAUUUAGUAUAUAAAAUCAAUAAUCAGAUUAUAACACAUGUUUUUUUUUUACUUAAUCAUAUAAGAACCAAAAAGACAGUAAAUAUUAUUGUCUGUUCAAAGGAAAGAAGCCGUUAUCUUAAAAAAUGGAAUGAGCUUCUCAUGGAAAGAAUGGAGGAUAUCGCAAAAAUCAUGACAAUGGAACAGGUUAACUUUAAUUACUAUUUGAAAAAUUUUCAAUUUGAAAUUUGCAAAAAUACUAUUUCAUACAUUUUAGACAUGUUGUAUGACAAUCUGUGAGCUGCAGAUUUGGUAUAAUUUAUGUCAUAGAGGACAAUGUUAAGAGGUCUUGCCCCCCCCCCCUUCUUAGUUUUGAAAGAAUUACAAAAUUGGUCCUGAAGAAAAGUGGGGGGGACUCAGAUCACCCCCAUUCCCUCCCCACAUCUCUGGCAUGAUCUAGUAAAAACCCUUGCUUUGAACAAAAAUUUAUCUUAAGUUUGUUUCAGGGCAAGCCUAUAGUGGAAGCUAAAACGGAGGUGGCUUAUGCAGCGUCAUUUAUUGAAUGGUUUGCUGAAGAAGCAAGAAGAGUUUAUGGCGACCUCAUUCCAGCCCCGACUGCAAACUCAAAAGUUGUGGUCAUGAAACAACCUGUUGGAGUGGCAGCACUUUGGACACCAGUAUGAUUCUAUUAUAAUUGUGGUCUGUUACAAUUAUUCUGUCAUGCAGUCAGCCUGAAACAGGCAUUUUGGCUAAAAGUGAAUUAAGGUGCUUUAUAUCAUUUAGUUUAUACGACCACACCCUUUUUCUGACUCUUGUUUUUGUUAUCAACAUCUAUAGUGGAACUUUCCCUUGGCCAUGUUGACUCGUAAAGCAGCUCCCGCUCUUGCAGCCGGAUGUACUGUGAUCUGUAAACCUGCAGAAGAUACACCAUUGACUGCCUUAGCACUUGCUCAGGUUGUGUAUUUGUUUGUUUGUUUGUUUGUUUGUCUGUCUGUCUGUCUGUCUGUCUGUCUGUCUGUCUGUCUGUCUGUCUGUCUGUCUGUCUGUCUGUCUGUCUGUCUGUCUGUCUGUCUGUCUGUCUGUCUGUCUGUCUGUCUGAGGCACGUUACCACGUGAUAACAGCAUCAUAUCGUCUCCUGCAGGUGGCAGAAGAAGCAGGCAUUCCUGCGGGUGUUUUCAACAUUGUGCCCUGUUCACGUGACAAUGUGGAUGAAGUCACCGAUGUCGUCAUGGAAAGUAAUCUGGUUACAAAAUUUUCAUUCACUGGAUCAACUAUUGUAGGGAAGGUUAGUUUGCCACGGUACUAAUUUGCGACGAUUCCUGACUGUGUAAUUUUCAUAUACCUUCUGUUACCCGUUCGUAUUGGUAAAUCCGAAGCCCUGUGGAUUUUUGCGUCGUGUAAUUACUGACUUUAAAUGUUAACAUGUCUGAGAUUGACCACGAGCUGGUCUGACUUGAACUGUCUGUAGUUGUGUGGGUAGUUCCAAUAGUAACAAGCUUUCAUUGGUAGGGAUGCAACUGCCUGAAAAAUAUAAGGAGAAUGGCCUUUCCCAACGAAGGGCCUUCGCUCGAAACGUCGAAAUUCUCCUUAUAUGUUUCAGACAGUUGCAUCCCUACCAACGAAAGCUUGUCGUAGUUGGAACACCCAUCAAUUUUUUUAAUCCUUGAUCCUUUAUGGUAUCUUUUUUAAUCAGAGCUUGAAAUGUAGACGGCAAUGGUUUUGACCGGGGCUUAAGCUAAUGCAACGUGCAUUAUUUAAUCAACGCAUGUAUUUCACUAAUUCUCUCGCCUUUUCUUCCAGUUAUUAUUGAGGAAAUGUGCAGAUACAGUAAAGAAGGUUUCGGUUGAACUGGGUGGCAAUGCCGCCUUCAUUGUAUUCAACAGCGCCGAUGUGGACGCCGCGGUUAAGGGAGUUCUGUCGGCCAAGUUCAGGAAUUCUGGACAAGUGAGUAAAAUGUGUAUGGUAUUUUACAAUUUUUGUCCAACUUAUGAAUGCUACACUGAAGUUUUAAAAUUUUCUAGACAUGCAUCUCGCCCAAUAGAAUCCUCAUUCAAGAAGGAAUUUACGAUCAAUUCUCGGCAAAAUUAGUGGAAGGUAUUGUUUGAACCCACUUUAAAGGUCACAGACUACAAUGUUCCUCACUGUAAAACUGAUAGAGCUUUCCUGUAUAAAUACAGUUAGUUUAGCAAACUUUAGCUCAUUAGUUUGUCUAUUUUCAAACUAGGAAUGAAGGAAUUGGUAGUUGGCAAUGGUUUGGAUACAAAAUCAAGUCAAGGCCCUCUCAUUAAUGAAAAGGCUGUGUUGAAAGUUGAACGACAUAUUAAAGAUUCUGUAAACCAGGGCGCCCGAGUCAUUUGUGGUGGAAACAGACUCGAUGAACUGGGUGGCACAUUUUUUGAACCCACUGUACUUACGGACGUUACUAAUGAGAUGCCUGUCAGUCGUGAAGAGACGUUCGGGCCCGUAGCUCCACUUUUGAGGUAUGGAAAGUUACUGUAUAUCCGUUCAGGUUCUGUAUGUGGUGUGUUGGGGAUGGGGUAAAGCCUUCAAUGCUUCAUAUGGAAAAUUUCUCGUGCAAUUUGAAAAACAUACACCCGUGAGUUUUUCAAAGACUUCAAUAAUUUUGAUAGUUUGAAAAAUAUGCCUGACCACGGUGGGAAUCGAACCUACGACCUUUGGAAUACUAGCCCAAUGCUCUGCCAACUGAGCCUGAGUACAUUACACCAAUUUUGAUAGUCUUUGAAAAACUCACUCGUGCAUGUUUUUUCCAAAUUGCACUCGAAACCAUAGUAUUACCUCACUCAGAUGAGUUUCCCAGUUAUCUUAAUGGCUGGGUUUUACAUGCAGGACCUCUAUGGAGAACAGAGUUAAGAACUGAUAGAGCUGUCAAAUAUAAGAAAAAGUGUAAUUUAGUUAAAUUUCUGUUUCAGAUUUAAAAACGAGACUGAAGCGAUUGCAAUGGCAAAUGCGACGGAGUCGGGUUUAGCAGGUAAGGAAGACAGAACGAAAAUUAAACUAGUUAAAAGAUCGAAAAGCAAACUUUCAAACUCAGAU